ACAAUCCCAAUUUUCCAAUGGAAAGUUUCAACUUUCAAGUUCCAACUUUCAAGAAAUAUUUUGAAACAGUUUUAUUGAACUCGUAUAUAUACAGUUUUGCAGUCCAUUGCCAAUGCAGGACACGAAUUAAUUAAAAAGGCCGCCGUUCGUCGAACGAUUGGACUUUGUUUCUUGUAAAGUGUUAACAUACUAGUAUGAAUAUAUUACUGCUUUAAUUAGAUUUUAUUGAAUACUAACUCCGAUCUUCGGUAUAUUAUUUUCAUUAGGUAAUUCCAUAUAUUGUACUAUGUCAAUAGAAAAAGAUAAAUCUAUAAAGACAGACAAUAAUAAAGAGGGUUGUAAUAAUAAAACAAGUAAGAUUUUGAAAGGCGUCACCAUGGGCUUAUUGAAGCAAUUAUUUUUCUGCUUUCGCUUUUACAUGGACAUGUGCAUAGAUUUUCUAUUUUCAUUAUACUGGGAUGGACAGCGUAGAACAAUACCAUCUUUGGAGAAAAAACAUAAUUUGCUUAAAGAAAGUGCUGUGACUUUGGCGGCAAAGAUAAGAAAUAAGGAAUUAAAGUCGAGAGAUUUAGUGGCUGCUUGCAUUGAGAGGAUUAAAAUUGUGAAUCCUUAUUUAAACGCAAUAACUGAUGAGAGAUUUGAGGAUGCUUUAAAAGAUGCAGAUGAGGUGGAUAGAAUGAUAGAAGAGGGCUUAUCAGAUGAGGAAUUCGAGAAGAAACCCUUCCUAGGUGUUCCAUUCACGGCGAAAGAGAGUCACGGUGUACUCGGUAUGUUACAUACACUCGGCGUGACCGCUAGAAGCGGCGCACGCGCAACUGAGGACGCGGAAUGCGUACGUCUAUUGCGAAAUGCCGGUGCGAUACCUGUAGCUGUCACCAAUGUACCGGAGAUUAAUAAAUGGCAAGAAACACGCAAUAUGUUGUUCGGACAGACUAACAAUCCAUACCACACAGGCCGAACUGUCGGAGGCUCUAGUGGUGGUGAAGCCGCUCUUUGCGCAGCCCUAGCUAGCCCUAUAUCGCUGUGUUCCGAUAUCGGUGGUUCGACUCGGAUGCCUGCAUUUUUCUGUGGACUUUAUGGCCUCAACCCUACACCUGGUCACACUAGUCUUAAAGGAUCGGUACUCCGAACUGGUCUGAACCCUACAAUGGCAUCCAUUGGCUUUGUAAGUAAACACCUGGAAGACCUGGCGCCUCUGACUCAAGUCGUAGCCGCAGAAAAGGCAGAUCUACUCGACCUGGAUAAGAAAAUUGAUAUUAAGGACGUGAAAUAUUUCUACACGGAGUGUGCCAAGGAUCUACGCGUGAGCCCUGUUUGUUCUGAACUGAGAAAAGCUAUGAGAAGAGUAAUAAAGCGUCUCUCCGACGAGUGCCCCAGUUCCCCCACUCCGUACUACCACAAUGGGUUUAACUAUAUGUACUCGUUAUGGAGGCACGCUAUGACCAAAGAGAACGAACGCUUUGCAAGUCUUCUUCUCGAUAACGCGGGAGAGGUUCACGGAUUGACAGAAUUGGGGAAGAAGUUGGUAGGAAAAUCUGAAUUUACAGCGGCAGCUAUUAUUAAAGUGUUGGAUGACCAAGUGUUGCCACCUGUUAAUAAAGAAUGGGGAGACAAACUUGCAGAGGAGUUGAAGAAAGAUCUUGUGAACACCCUUGGUACAAAUGGUGUGUUAAUAUUCCCGUCGGCACCUCAGCCUGCGCCAUACCACUACAGCCUGUAUCUUCGGCCAUUUAAUUUCUCAUACUGGGGCAUAUUCAACGUCCUGCAUUUGCCUUCCAUUCAGAUCCCUCUAGGCCUCAACGCGGAAGGUAUUCCGCUCGGAAUCCAGGUCGUGGCUGGUCCGCGACAAGAAGCCCUCUGCCUCACAGUUGCGAAGCAUUUGCAGACUAUGUUCGGUGGAUAUGUCCCGCCUUGUACUAUUCAUGAUUAAAAUAUGAGAAAGAUAUAGUCAUAAUAUAUUUUAAUGUUGUAAAGGGAAGGGGCUUGGAUCUUGAGUAUUGUCUGUCCGUACCGUAUUUUCUUUCAAAUUAAUUCAAUGAUAUAUUUAUUGAAGCUUCAGCGUGUGAUCUCAUCCCUGAGGACGUAGGUAUGAUCCCCGAUUGUGCACCAAUGGACUUUCUUUCUAUAUGCGUAUUUAACAAUCGCUGGAACGGUGAUCGAUAACAUCGUGAGGAAAACGACUUGCCUUAGACCCAAAAAGUUGACAGCAUGUGUUACUACUUGCCUUGUCAGACACCUAAUUGAGAAACGAUUAUGAAACAGAUGAAAAAAUCUGAGGCCCAGACCUAAAAGGUUGUAACGCCACUGAUUUAUUUUGUUUUUAUAAUAUGUUUACAAGAAAACUUUACAGCGCCAUCUAGUGGUCUUUGUACGAAAACAAUACGUGUUUAAUGAAUUUUUAUAUUACAUUAAAAAUGUUAUAUAAUAUAAUACUUCAAGAUUUUAUGAAUUAAACAAUACUCCAUUGAUUUGUUAUACUCUAAUUUUUGAUAUAUUUAUAUUGUUGAGGUGAAGGUGAUGUUGGAUAUUUUAAUAAACAUAUUUUUUAAAUAUAUUUUU